GGAGGAUAGAGUAACUUCACAUAGUUUUUUAACACCUCAAAUCUUGACAUUUUGUUGUGGAUUUCCAUCUAACGGCGAUAAAACCAAAGUUAGGCAGUCACACGGUUACCGUACAGCACGCGAAGACGGCACUGAGAUCGGAAUGAUCUGGGGCAGUGAGAGGUUGUGGCGGCCUCAUCAGUAGCUGUCACCACGGCGGGGGACCUUCGGACCUCCGUCUGCAGGGUGGUCAUCUACCUCCAAAGGGACAUGUCCGGGGACAGCUGCCUGCCCCAGCAUCACACCUCCACCUCCUCAGCCCCUCCUCCUCCUCCUCUGGCCUGUCCCAAGACCAAGACCUGCAGUUAUCGAGGAGCGGUGGGCCUGGGCAACAAGUAUGUCCGCAUCAAUGUCGGCGGGAACCUGUUUUACACAACGCUGCAGGUGCUGACCAAGCAGAACUCCAUGCUGAAAGCCAUGUUCAGCGGCAAGAAGGAGGUUUUCACGGAUAAAGAUGGUUGGAUCCUGAUCGACCGCAGCGGGAAACACUUUGGCAGCAUCCUGUGCUUCCUACGUGACGGCACAGUCACCUUACCCAAAGGGCGCCAGGCUGUCCAGGAGCUGCUCGCCGAGGCAAAGUAUUACCUCGUCCAGGACCUGGUGGAGCUUUGUCAAAACACCCUGCAG